AUAGCUAACGGCUUUGCCCUUUUCCCUACAAACAACAAAAACAGGUGUAAUGUGAUGUGGAGCCCUGCAUUCGUGCCCAAGCGUCAGUAUCCUUAUCAAUACCAGUAUCAGUAUCAUCAUCAGAGAUAUCGUCCCCAUGUCUCCAGCAUCAUCCGGGGCAAACAACACAAAUUCAGUUCCCCAUGACCAAACUGAGAGAAGGAGAGAAGAGCAGAGGCCCCAACAGCAGUCACUGAUUGAGGCACUGUGGCGUGAGUCACACUGGAAAUGCCUUCUACUCACACUGCUCAUUUAUGGUUGUGUAUUCGCUAUUACAUGGUGCUGUAUGGCCAAGGUGACACGACUCAGCAUCGAAAGUAACCUCAAGAGCAGAACGGUGGUGUAUCAUGACAGUGCCUGCUCUGAUGGUUAUAUCUAUAUCCCUGUGGCAUUUUUAUUUACUCUUUAUAUGCUGUACUUGGCGGAGUGUUGGCACUGUUCAAUGCGCUUCCACCUGCAGUAUAAAGGGGAUUUGGAGAGUAUAGUGGAGCGGGUGCAGCAUAUGCAGCAGGCCACACCGUGCAUCUGGUGGAGGGCCAUCAGUUACCACUAUGUGCGACGCACACGUCAUGUGACCCGCUACCGCAAUAGUGAUGCCUACAGUUCCACACAGGUGAACCAUGAGAGGGUCAACACGCAUGCAGCCGAGGCAGAGUUCGAUUAUGGAAACUGCGGUGCGAAGGACGUCUCCAAGCAGCUUGCAGGCAUGGAAGACUUCCCUAUUACCAAACUCCGCUUCACCAAGUGCUUUAGCUUUGCCAACGCAGAGUCAGAGAACUCCUAUCUGACACAGAGAGCACGGUUCUUCGCAGAAAACGAGGGGCUGGAUGACUACAUGGAGGCUCGUGAGGGCAUGCACCUUAAAAAUGUGGACUUCAGGGAGCAUGUAAUGGUAAUCUCAGGUCAACUGCCAUGGUUUUUGAGGCGCUGCGUGUUUUGGAUAGCAGCGGUUAUGACAUUCUCUUGGCCCUUGCGUGUUCUGACCGAGUAUCGCACAGCUUAUCUUCACUACCACGUAGAGAAGCUGUUCGGGUUUAAUUAUUUACACUACUGCCACCAGAUCUCCAGGGUGAACACAAUCGACAGCACCGAGCUAGAGUGGCACAUCCGCUCCAACCAGCAGCUGGUGCCCAGUUACUCUGAGGCUGUGCUGAUGGAUUCAAAUGUGUCUGGCCGAGACUCAUUCUCCCCCCAGAACUGCGAGCGCUGCCGUAGGGCCUUGAGUGGCUCGUCCAUUUUUUCUCGCAGUGCCCUGAGUCUUUUUUCAAUAGGUCAUGCAUAUGGCAGCCUGAAUGAAAGCUCUGCCCCAGAGCACCACCAGCCAUCUCCUCCAACCUAUCAGGAUGCAUUGCGCUUCCCUGUGUUGAUUGUGCACCGCAGCGAUGGCUGCCUCAGCCAUGAGCAUCGCUUACUGCAUCACAACGGCUCCUGCGUGGAGACGUCCUUAUGACAGGCACAGGAGGUAUUGAAGGACCUUUAAACUUGAAGACUGUGUGAAACCUUUUGUGUCUGUCUAAUUUUAUUAUUAUUGAAAAGCUUUUGGCCAAUUUUGAUGCUUACACAGAAUACAGUAUGUUUUAUGUCCUUGUGAGCAACGCAUUACAGCAGGCUGAUGGAAAAUGACACUGGCAGCUUCCUGCAGGCCAGCUUAUCUGUUCUGCAUGUUUGGCUUAUUAAGCUUAUUUAAUAUAGGAAAGAAAUACUAUGGGCUUGAAUCUGA